AUGCAUAUCCAGUCGAUUCCCAUGUGGAAGGGUAGUAGCAACAACUACGCCUACCUGGUGAAGGACGAAAAGACCAACGACGCCGUCAUCAUUGACCCGGCCAACCCGCCCGAAGUCGCCCCCGUGCUGGAGAAGGCCCUGAAGAACAACGAGAUCAACCUCACCGCCAUCGUCAACACGCACCACCACUGGGAUCAUGCGGGCGGCAACAAGAAGCUGCGUCAGGAGCUGAAGAAGCCUGACCUGGCCAUCAUCGGCGGCAAGGACUGCGAGGCCGUGACGAGGACGCCCGGGGACGGCGAGUCGUUCAAGAUUGGCAGCAUCGCGGUCAAGGCGCUCUACACGCCGUGCCACACGCAGGACAGCAUCUGCUGGUUCAUGCAGGACGGGGAGCAGAAGGUCGUCUUCACGGGCGACACGCUCUUCCACAGCGGUGAGGACGUUUCUGCCCCCUUCAUCUUUCCCGUCGCGACUGACACCAUCGACGCAGGCUGCGGCAAGUUCUUCGAGGGGACCCCGGAGGAGAUGCACAAGGCGCUGAACAAGACGUUGGCCGCGUUGCCCGACGACACUGUCGUCUUUCCCGGCCACGAGUACACCAAGUCCAACGUCAAGUUCGCCGCGUCGGUGCUGCAGAACGAGGCCAUCCUGAAGCUGCAAAAGUUCGCCGAGAACAACGAGGAGACGCAGGGCAAGUUCACCAUUGGCGAUGAAAAGAAGCACAACGUCUUUAUGCGUGUGGAUGACCCGGAGAUCCUGAAGGUUACGGGAGAGCAGGAGCCCGUUGCUGUCAUGGCCAAACUGCGCGAGAUGAAGAACAACUUCAAGUGA